UAUUAUUUAAUUUUGCUCUUUUGAUUUUAUUCAAGUUCGAUAUAGUAUUCACAAUGACAUUUCAAGUUCCUGUGAAACUUUCAUCGAGGAAUCCUGCUGAUUUGUAUCCUCAUGAUUUACAAUUGUAUCAGAAUGUACCCUUUGGAGAGAUAACGUUAGAAGAGCUACAAGAAAUAAGUGAAACUCGGCUCAAAGUUCUUUCUUUGGUCGAACGUAUCCAUUUACAAAAACUGACAAUGUCGGUGUCACAACGCAGAGUUGCCUUGGUUGAGGAGUUAUGCAAACAAGGGAUAGAUGAAUUUGCAAGAUUGAUUAAUAGCUCGGGAUGCAAAUCGUGCACUGACAUGGAUAUACGUGUCAGAAGAAGAGAUCAUAUAUCUCAUUUUAUGUUAAGGUCCACAGUUGCCUUCAAUGAAUUUAAAAAGAGCUGGUUUGUUAAGCAAGAGGCACGGUUAUUCAAAUGGAGAUUUACUUCAUUAGAUAAUGAGGGUAUCAGACAGUUCAUGUGCAUUAAUAAUUUUGACUUUAGACCGAUUAGCCAAAAUGAAAAAGAAAAAAUCAGAGAAUAUCUUCAAAUGUCUUCUCCCAAUAUUAAUGAUGUUGAUAACACACAAUUUUAUAGGAUACCUUUCUUUCAUGUAGCCAAUUUAAUUAGAAAGCGUAAAGUUUUUGUUAUGCACGGCGAAGCUUUUGUACCCAAACAAGAAAUGGCAUUUGUGUUUGUGUCACAUUUUAGGAGAAUUCUUAUAUCAAGUUUUGAAGUUGCACGUGAAGCUAGAGCCAACUUGUACAAUGAUGAAAGGUUUACUCACAUCUUUGCCUAUUUAGAAAAUAUUCUUACUCAGAGUACUGUAUUCACACGAGAACAAGGGAUGCAACAAUAUACUUCACUCAACCAGUUGGAUGAGCUUGCAGAAACUUCUUAUCCUUUGUGUAUGAGAGUGCUUCACAAAGCACUAAGGAAGAAUCAUCAUCUUACACAUGGUGGUAGAAUACAAUACUGUUUGUUCCUGAAGGGCAUGGGACUUUCUUUGUCCGAUGCAAUGACUUUUUGGAAAGACGAAUUCAUGAAAAUAAUGGAUGAUACUGCAUUUAAAGAAUAUAAAUAUUACAUAAGAUUCAUCUUUGGGAAAGAAGGUAGUCAUAGAGAUUAUCAGCCUUACAAGUGCCUAAGAAUUCUGAAAUCGAUUAUUGGACCUAGAGAUUAUCAUGGAUGUCCUUUUAAACAUAUGCUGCACGAUAUACUUGAAGACGAACUUACUGAUUGCGGUUUUAAUGCGUUGGAGAGAUCAGAAAUAAUGAAAUUGUCCAAGGACGGUCAAUAUUUUGCAGCAUGUAACAAAUAUUAUGAAAUUAAACAUGACUGUUUUAACGACACCUUGUUUGAACAUCCAAAUAUAUAUUUUAAUGAAAGUAUGAAACAUCGCACUGCAUGUCAUCAUGGUGAGAUUUAUUUGAUUUUAUGUAUAUCAAACAAUUUACUAUUUUGUAUAAACUUUAAAAUUACGUUAAAAUUAAAGAUUCAGAAACAGGAGAUGCAUUUUAGUCAUCAGAAUCAAAACAUUUGAAGAAGUUAGAACUAUUAGGACCAUUGCAAGUAAUAUUUAAUA